AAUAGAGUUGAAAAACUAGUAUAAAACUAAGUCGUCGACGAUGAUUCACACAUGAGUGCAAAUAAACGUAAUCGUAAAACGACCUUGACCCAAAGAUUGGCGAAUAUUUGUUUUGAAAUAGUGGCAAAAUAUUUUUAUUUCUCGAAAUGUAUUAUUUCUAAUUGGAACAACGCAGAUAAUAUUUAUUUCUUCAAAGGAACACAAAUAAAAAUGAGUUGUGUGAGAUAACCUGAAUUGAAUAGAAAGUGAAAACAUUAUUUACCUGGGACAAUGACAGCAGUUGAUGUCAUAUUUUAGAAACAAUCAUUCGAUUAUGCAUAGUACAAGUCUUAUGACCGAGCCGAAGGGAGAAGAGAACGAGGAAGACGUUCUCUUGAGCGUAACAUCCCUGGUGACGGAGGGACGUAUUCCCGAAAAAUUGGGACCUAAGAGUAGAGGAUUCCGUGAAGGCCCUCAUUGUUGUUUGACCAAAAAGACGCAAACGCAUACGUGCAAUGCCAGCGAUAGUCUUUGUGCAAAUUUUGAAUUUUUUCGAGAAGAAAUCUUGAAAAUAUGGGCUCAAAAUCUCCCAGUAACCGUGGAAGUCCUCUUGACAUGCGGUUGCCAGGAAGGAGAAUAUUCUGUUGGUCCAGAAGUGGAGGAUAAUUGCAUCCUGUUGGAGUCAUGGACUUUCAAUAUUAUGAACAAACGGAAUUCAGCACCUCCGUCUUUUCAAUUGGCCCAGCUGAUAAGUGCAAUCAGAUCACAACUGUAUUUUUCUCAGAUCACUGCCUGGUUGAGCACACCUAACGAGAACACCAAGAGGCUAACGAGCAAACACCUAAGGUAUCGUGUAGCCCAACCGGGGGACAACUCCAAGACCACCAGGUUCCGGAUGAACCCCGUAGAGCAUAACUUUCCGACCGUUGAAAUAGGCUGUGGCGCAGUCUUGCAAGUUUCCUUCUUCAGCAUGCCGAGGAUGUCUGCUUUUCCCAUUGUGCAGUGCAGAUCUUGCAAACCCAUGCAGGAGACAAUCAUUGAUGGUGGCCCGGGGGCCAGCACCAGGGAGAAGAUUAAAAAGACUGUUGCCAACGACAGGAUACCAUAUCCAUUGAAAGGGAAGCAUCACUGUGAUGACAACGACAGACCGGAAAACGAGAUACAGCCUGAACACAAGGCGAAAUUCAAGAGGCUCCGUCAGAAUCUCAGGGAAGACCAGGCAUCCACUUCGACCAUCAACAACCACAUCAACACCGUCCGACAGACUAAGAACACCAAGGAAUCGAGAUUCGGUCUGAUCGACACCAACAGGGCAGCCGAAGUGGAAGAAGAGGCGGCAGAACCGCUCCUGAUCGAAGACGAGGAAGACAGGAAUGUGUCCCUGCUGGAGGCCAUAGAGAGGGUGGCCCUAAGAACGCCGGAAAAGACCAGGAAGGAAACCAGAGGGUUUUACGGUGGCAAGACCGAACAGCUCGAUGGGAGCGUGGAGAGAAAACAGAGACUAACCUGUACAAAAUCGCGAUCUUUCGAUUGUGAGUGUGAUAGCAACGAUUGUGAUAUAUGCAGAAGUGAUAACGGCAGGAGCAAACUUGGUAGAAAUGGCGUUCCGUUCUUGGACAGACUGAAAGGGCCCUCCUCCUCGGACGGUUUGGCCGGAAGGCUCAAGGAGAGAGGUUCGACUGUGCCCUCGAUCAACGACAAGACCACGUUCAAGAAGGCGCUGGAUAGCGCCUCGUCGAUGGUGUUCCACAAGUCGGGGCUACCCCUGAUGAGCAGUCCGGCACCUGUCAGGAGGGGCAAGACCUGUUUCGAUUUCGAUUCUUCCAUCGGUUCGGUCAAGGAUAUUAAAAGUGCUUUCCUCUCGUCGAGUUUCUCAACGGACGACGACAGCGAGAGCGACGGAAGCCAGAUGUCGCCAUGCAGCCCGGAAACCGCCUACCUAGCACAAAAGACAAUCAUAGAGGAGGAAAAAGAAGAGCGCGUGUCCGUGCGGUGCGUGCGCCGCCGCAAGGGACAAGCUUGCAAUUUGCUAGGUUCUUUCGAAGAGUCGGUAUUGAAUGGAAGACUUGAACCGGUGUCAACAGUACAGGGUUUCACUGCCGAACUGGGAGCAAGUGGAUCUUUUGUUCCUAAACAUUUAAAAGUACCAGUUACUGUCUUUUUCUAUAGCGUAGGAGACCAUGAGAGGAUGUCUUCUCCAUACCUAUGCCACAUCAAGCUGGAAAAGAAGGGAUACUGCGUCCCAAAAGUGGGCACCUUUCAAGUCACACUCAAAAAUCCUCUGGGUAUGGUGGUAAAGAUGUUUGUGGUUCUGUACGAUCUCUCUGACAUGCCACCUAAUUCCAAAACGUUCAUGAGACAGAGGAUCCUCUUUUUACCGACAGAUUGCAAAGACGAAAACGUGCAACGGACCUCCAAGUGGCUGAAGUACCUGAUUCAUCUGAGGUUCGCCAGUUCGAAAUCUGGAAAGAUCUAUCUCCAUGGUGACAUAAGGAUAAUAGUGUUGAAUAAGGCUGAUCUCGACACAGCCUCCGCCCACGACAUAGGCACCAAGUACGAGAUGCGUACCAUAACAAUGAUGCCAAUCAACCCACGGUUCUCCUUUCGGAAGUAACCAGAACCUUUUCUGAUCGAAGAGGGUGGAACUUUGAAUUUAUGCACUCGACUGUCUUGUCUGUUAUGCUGGUCGAUAUCUGGAAGUGUUUGGUGAAAUAAAACGGGUAGAAUAGAACAUCCGGUAUCUACUCCUUGCUCUAUAACAGAAGCAGGUGUAGUUUUUCGGGUUGGUAUUAUUUUCUACAACUGACUGUUAGACGGAAAAUUUUUAUAUUUGGCACUGGUAGUUCGCAUUUUUGGAUUUGUAUUCUAUGUAUUUUACUUUUGGAAUAUUUUCUGUUAAAUCAGAAUGUUUUUGCAGAAAAGUAGAUGAAUUGUUGUUUAUUUCAGUUUCUGGUCUCAGAAUAGGAGUUAACAUGGGAUUUCGUAUGAUUUUUAAACUGAUUAUAUGCCAUUAAACGUGAGAAUUUAGCAAGGUUUGAAUUAUAUGAAAUAAUAAAAAACGUCUCUGGAGAGUGAUUGAGAAAUUGGAAUUUCAGGACUAUUUUGUUCAUAUUUUCUAUUAAAGUUGUAUUAAUUUACAUCCAGCUAUUUCUAAGCAAUUCUACCUUAAUGAGAGCACUUAAUCAAUUCGAUUGAACGUUUUUGUGUAUUUUCUAGGUAUUCACUUAUAAAUCACAGCAGGUUCAAAGUUAGUAGGGAAACUGGUUAGAAUUAUCUUCAUGCAUUCUUAGAUGUGUGAUUUCAUUACUGCCAUCAACUUGUAAAUAAUCUUGUGUACAUAUGUCGCAGAUUUUAUUUUUAAUAGUGGAAAAAAAAUCGAUAUUUUUUGUAACUGACAAUACAGGUUUGUGACCAUCACCUGAUUUUUCUUGGAUAAAUUCAAUUUUGUGACGUUCGAAGUGUUUUUUUCUCAGUCUCAUGUUUUUCAGCAGUUUACACUGUAUUAGUUUUAAUGAAAACAGAGAAUAUACUUAUAGAAUUAUAUUUAUUACAUAAUAUAUAUUAUAUUCAUUUUUUUAAUAGUGAUCAAAUAUAAAUGUGAAAUUA